AUGGACUCCUACCGUGCAAAUUUGGGGACUCAGACUGCGAAUUUAAGGAAUGCAAUCGUAACACUGAUUGAAGAUGUACUCGAAGACGAUAUUGAGACUCCCACUACUACUCUGCUAUCAAAGGGAGACUGGCUCACACCUCUGAAAAUGGGGAAAAUUGAUCAGCGUCUUCGCCAAUGCCUUGACCAAGAUUACGACAUCUUUGUUGCCAACCUUGAGUCCCUGUCGUUUAUGCUAAUGGACCUGAGACGCAAGCUCAAUCUGGAUAUUGAAAGUCAAGAACAAGUUGCAACAAAGAGUCAGGAUAUCCUGCUUGGCCAAGUCCGCAAAUUCAAAGACAUUUUUUCGAAAACCGUGUACGAAAGCCUGCUGGCAAAGAUCGAGAGUACAAAUUCCGCAUUGAGAACUCUGCUGGGUGACGCAGCUCAACGUGAGCAUCGUCGUCGGAAACAUCGCACGUCUACUAGACCGCUUGCCCGACAACGUGCCUUUCGGAGAUAUGCAAAAUCUUUUCGCGCCGCCUUCUUAGACCAAGGACAUUGGCACUGUACCGCAGAUCACUCUCACAAGGUUGACUUCUUUUUCAACGAGAAGGCUGUGUCUAUGGAUGAUGAUGAACCUGACAACCGUGGUAUCAUAUUUCGAGUUGCUGUCCUAGAGGACGACGGGAAGGGACACGAGUUGGAGGUUGUGCCAGUCCUUCACCUCAGGAAAGUGAAAACAUUAUCGUCUACACACCUAGAAGGAUUGAAAGAGCAAACGGGGCCCAAAGGAGGCAAGAAAGUACAAUUUUCUCUCGCCACCGCGACAUUGUCUAGUUUACCUUGGACCCAUCUACAGGAGGAUGUUGAUCAACAGGUAUUAAAUAAUAUCUGCAAGGGAUUGUCAAUUGCUCUGGCUCCAGGAGAGAAUCGACGAUGCCUCGGAUGCCUUCACGAAAAGACUUCGGACGAUCGGCACAAUCUUUACGUUGUACGAUCAUUAUCGUCUCUUCGUCAAGUGGCAACUUUCUAUGAGUCGUUGGCAAUUGCAGCAGCUCAAACAGCCUUAUGGAUGGCAGAACCUGAUUCACUAGGUUUGUGGAGGAACAGGUUGCGUAUAGCAGCUCUUCUGGCAGCAAACGUCAUUGGUCUGCAUGGAAAUUGGCUCUUUCCCUCGUGGAACACUGGGGACCUUCUGCUCGUUGAAGAUACAGAGGCUCCAGGUAAAGACGGAGUGAAGCAUCUUUGCCUGACCUUUCCAGUCCCGCAAUGGUCCAGCCUUUCAGGCUUGCAAUCUACUUUGCCUUCAAGCCCUUUGAUUCAAAACAAGGUUCUAUUCCCUCUUGGACUUGCCCUGGUGGAGCUCGCAUUCUGUCAAAGCCUGAAAGCGAUGCAGCUGCCUCAGGAAGUUGACCCAGACGGCGAUGUCACAAAAUUGAAGACGGCCUCACGACUUCUUGAUGCCGUGGCACUUCAUUGUGGGGAGAGGUAUGGUUCAGUAGCAAGAAAAUGCUUAUUCUGGAACGGGCCAAGAGCGGAAAGUCUGGACGAUGAGGAUUUUCAGAACGCAGUGUAUGACGAAAUAGUGUCACCAUUGAUUGAAGACCUCAAAACAGCACAAAGGGCUUCAAGUUGGUCAAAAUAG